UAAUAACGUACUUAAAAGAUAAUUAAUAUUAUUGUUAAUCUCUCUGCCACUAUAUAAACGUUUACUCCAUUAAAAUGGUACUGUAAUCGAAUCGACAACUCUCUCUCUCUCUCUCCUCUCUCAAUUCAAAAAAUAAUGGACGAUCAACCGCCGCUGAUCUGGCCGCAGUUUGAAUCUACCGGAUAUACUCGUCGGAGAUCACCGGUUCCGACUAUAUUAGUACCAGCGAUGAUCGGAGUUACAUCAGCUGCUAUAUUUCUUGUAUUUGUGACUUUCGUCGUCCCUACGUUUCUCUCGAUCACAUCUCAGAUUCUUCAGCCAGCUUCGGUGAAGCGCGGAUGGGAUUCGAUCAACGUCGUUUUAGUAGUUUUCGCCAUUUUAUGCGGCGUGCUCGCUAGACGAAACGACGACGGAUUGGCUUCUUCUUCGUCGUCGUCACUGUCUGAAGAAGAAGAAGGAGGAGCUGUUGUCAUGAGUGGUGAAAUGACCGUCGGUGAGGAUAGCAAGAUCUCUUCCGCGCCGACGGUUUCGUCAGAGAAUUGGUUUGAUGACGUGUAUGAAGACGCUGAUAGGCUUAAGAUCUACCAGAGCGUGAGUAGCCGGAGUUUUACGGCUGGAUUACCGGUUACCGGAACUGUACCGUUGAGGCGUAGUAGUACAUCGUAUCCUGAUCUGAGACAAGGUGUUUUCAGAGAGACUGGCGAUCGCCGGUUCCGGUUUUACGACGAUUUCGAAAUUGAUAAGUACCGAUCAAACGAUUCAUACGAACAACAGUUUCCGAGUCGUUCUAAAAUCGAGAUCGUAGAAGAAGUUUCUGAGCCUAAAGAGAUUCUUGUUGAUACAUUCGUUGUAAAACCAUCUUCUCCUCCGCCGCCGCCUCCACCGCAACAGCAACCACUGACAACACCACCUCCUCCGCCUCCUCAGGUUGAAGUUUCGCAGAAACCGAGAAGGACUCGUCGUUCUGUUAGAAACAGAGACAUACAAGAAAACACGAAACGUAGCUCUGAUCCUACCAAAUUCAAACGUGUGUUUGUGCCUCCACCGUCACCACCUCCGCCUCCUCCCCCGCCACCGCCACCGCUUGUAACCGCUACGCCUCCAAGGAAACAAGGGACUCUUCAGCGAAGAAAGAGCAAUGCGGCGAAAGAGAUUAAAAUGGUUUUCGCUUCUCUGUAUAACCAAGGAAAGAAGAAGAAGAAGAAGCUUCAGAAAUCUAAGAGAAAGGAAAGAAUCGAAUCUUCUCCGGUGGAUGUGAUGGAACCACCGCCGCAAUACCAAUCGUUAAUUCCACCACCGUCUCCUCCGCCACCUCCGCCGCCACCUCCGCCUCUACCGCGAUCGUCGCAAUCAGUAUUCUACGGAUUGUUUAAGAAAGGAGUUAAGAGCAACAAAAAAAUUCACUCCGUUCCGGCGCCGCCUCCACCCCCGCCGCCGAGAAAGAUACAAUCGGAUCCUCAGACACCACCACGAAGAUCCAAAUCCGGAAGACCUCCGCGUCCGACGAAACUGUCGAAUUUAAACGAAGAGAACAACGGACAAGGAUCUCCAUUAAUCCAAAUUACACCUCCGCCUCCACCACCGCCUCCGUUUAGAGUUCCGCCGCUAAAAUUCGUCGUGAGUGGUGAUUUCGCGAAGAUACGGAGUAAUCAGAGCUCAAGAUGUAGCUCCCCUGAACGAGAAGUGUUCGACAUUGGUUGGGGACUAGAACUUACUCAAUCUGACGGCGGAACUGAAACAAAAGCCGCCGUGGGCGCCGGUGGUGGGCCGGGAUUCUGUCCAAGCCCGGACGUUAACACAAAAGCCGACAAUUUCAUCGCCAGGCUUAGAGACGAGUGGAGGCUUGAUAAGAUGAACUCCGUUAACAGAAAAAGGUAACUGGGCUUUGUGUAAGGCCCAUUAUGAAAACGAGCGUAGUAUUUUCCGAGUCUCAUGGACCUGAAAGGCUGCAACAUGCACAAGUAAGGAUCAUACGACAAACAAUGGUCGAGACUCGAGAUGUUAUAUAUUGGUUGGCGAAUUCGUUCGUUGUGAUUUUAAGCAAUGUGCAGACCACAAGGACUCAGAUUCAAGUUACGGGGUAGUGAUGGCAUUAUCGGUAUAGGUAUUAGUGGUAACUGGUUUGAACUGGCUGGUUAGUUUUUUUGGGUUUAACCGGUUGAGGGGAUUUGGUUUGGUUUGGUGUAUUGGUUGUUUUUUUUUUACUUUUCGGUGUCGGAGUGUUAAAUAACUUUGGUGUUGAUAUUCGUACGCAUAACGUAUUGAUGUAUGUAAGGGCCAUUGGUAUGA